AUGGCAGCUACGCAGCAGAUCUUUAGGCAGCUGCUUAAUCUGUGCGCGAGCGAGAACUAUCCCCGGAGUGGACUGGCAGAGCUUUGUUUCCCCAACUAUGAAUCGGAUCAGCACGAUGAAGAUAACCAGGCUCUCUCCUGGAUCCCACGUGUUCAGAUUGUCGACGAGCCUAACCACAAGAAUAGCAGCAAGUUUCUCUUGGAUGCUGCUCAAAUGCAUCAGAUUGCCUGUUCUGUGCUGCCCAAGGAACUUGCCUUUCAUCGAUGGAAACGGGUGUUCAGCCUGGCACGAGAUGGGCCGUCUUUCUACGACUUUAUAUACAGGAUUCGCGAAAACCGGCAAACACUCCUAAUCGUGAAGACCACUCGAGGCGAACUGUUUGGUGGCUUCUCGGACUCUCCCUGGGAGAUGGACAACCAAUACUUUCAUGGCGGAGAACAAUCUAAAUUGUUCACUUUUGUCAAACGAUCGAGGCGAGGAGCAAGCGGCAGCAGUGAUGACAGUGACAAUGUUGUCAAUCGAGAUAGUUGCCGUUCUCUUGAACGCUACGAUUCCCGUGACGAUGACCACUAUGACCAAAAAUCGGAGAAGAAAGAAUCGUUGACUGUCUACCCAUGGUCAGGUCUGAACCGGCAUGUGCAGUACUGCGAUCCUGGCAGAACCCUGAUUGCAUUUGGUGGCGGUGGAGCUCGUUUUGGCUUGUCUAUUGAACAAAGCUUUCGAUUUGGUAGUACCGGACCCUGUGAAACAUUUGGGAAUGAAAAACUUGGAACUGACGAAAAUUUUCGAGUGUCGGACGUGGAAGUUUGGGGCUUUGUGGACGUCGAGGAGACCUGCUGUUCUUCCUUACUUUGCUUCCAACCACUGGCUCCCGCUGAGGAAGACGUCAAUUUUAUCCCAUCAGUACGGGUGGACCGAGUGGACCCCCAGCCGGAAACCUUUAUCUUGGAUCAGCAGAAAAUGGAUCAAAUUGCUCGUUUUGUUCUUCCGCGGACGAUUGCAUCGUGCCGAUGGAAACGCGUGUACAGUCUUUCUCGGGACGGCGACGCAUUCGAAGUCUGCUUGCAUCUUGUACGAAAAGAACAACGAUCACUGAUGGUCAUUCGUACAGAAGACAACCAGAUAUUUGGUGGCUAUGCUGAUUCACCCUGGAGCCCAUCCAAUUCCAACUACUACGGAAGUGCCCAGGCUUGUUUGUGGACGUUUGCCAACACGAGGAACGGAGCAGUCAGACGAGAUAGCGGGACAGGGGCACCCAUACCCCCGAACCAAGUCAAAGUAUACAAGUGGACCGGCACUAACCGCUACAUCCAAUUCUGUGAUGUGACACAUAGAAUUCUUGCCUUUGGCGGGGGUGGCGACGCUGGUAGCUUUGGUCUGUGUGUUGAGAAAGAUUUCGAAAAUGGAAGCAGUGGUCCUUGUGCAACCUUUGGAAACCAACCUCUCUGUGACAAAGAACUCUUCAAGAUUGUAGACCUGGAAAUCUGGGGCUUUGCAACUGGCAAGUUUUAG